AUGCCCGUGGCUCAAAGACUAAAACAUUUACGUUCAAUCGCAAUAUCAUUACUUCCUAUGGCAGACACCGGAAACUCAACCCUAUUCACGCCGAAUGGAGGCGGCGUUGACAGCAAAUGGUGGCGUGAGGCUGUCGUUUACCAGAUCUAUCCUCGGUCCUUCUGUGACUCCAACGGCGAUGGAGUCGGUGACAUUAACGGCAUUAUUUCCAAGGUGCCGUACCUCAAAGACCUAGGCGUGAAUGUGCUAUGGCUCUGUCCCAUUUAUGUCAGCCCCCAGCACGACAUGGGCUACGAUAUUGCCGACUACCGGGCCAUCAACCCAGAAUACGGGACAAUGGAGGACUGGCAGACUCUGCGGGAUGUGGUGCACAAGGCCGGAAUGAAAUUGAUCAUGGAUCUGGUCGUGAACCACACCUCAAUCGAUCACCAAUGGUUCGUCGAGUCGCGGUCUAGUCGCGACAGUCCGAAACGCGACUGGUAUUACUGGAAGCCGCCCAGGUACGCCGAAAAUGGUGAGAGACUGCCGCCAAAUAAUUGGCGUUCGUUUUUUGGUACGGGUUCUGCUUGGGAGUGGGAUGAGGAUACUCAGGAGUAUUAUCUGCGCAUUUUCACAAGAGAACAGCCGGAUCUCAACUGGGAGAAUCCUGAAGUGAGAGCAGCGGUUCAUGAGAUUGUAAAUUUCUGGUUGGAGAACGGCAUUGAUGGAUUUAGGGUCGAUGCUAUCAACUAUAUUGGAAAGAAAGAAGGAUUCCCCGAUGCCGAGGUGGUCGAUUCGUCUACAUACUGCCAGCCAGCGAUGCAUCUGUAUCUGAAUGUCGGCAACGUCCAUAAAUACCUUCGCGAAUUAAACCUCGCCACGUUCGCCAGAUACGACGCCAUGACCGUCGGUGAAACGCCGUAUGUACCUGCCACACAGAUGGCACUUGACUAUGUCCACCCAUCGCGAAACGAGUUCGAUAUGAUCUUUCAAUGGGAGCAUAUGGACAUUGACCGCAUCCCAAACAGUCUCCUGGGGUGGAGACCCUGGUCGCUCUCGGACCUUAAACAGAUAUUCAACCGCUGGCAGACGCUUAUGUACGAACACGGAGGCUGGAAUAGCUUGUACAUGGAGAACCAUGACCAGGGGCGUUCGGUCUCCCGCUUCGGGUCAGACAGAUCCGAGUUCCGGAACGUGUCAGCCAAGAUGCUGGCAAUGUUUUUGAGCACGCUCAGUGGCACGCUUUACAUCUUCCAGGGCCAGGAAUUGGGAAUGGCAAACGUCAAGGGAUGGGACUUGGAGGAGUACAACGAUGUCGUCACGUUAACCUAUAUCCGAGAAGAAAAGGAGAAGCGGAUACGCCAGACUGGGGAAAAUAACCCCGAUAUAUCUGAUCUGCUGGCGGAUAUCCAGAAGAAAGGAAGAGACAAUGGCCGCACACCAAUGCCAUGGAAUGGUGAUGCACCCAAUGCCGGAUUCACGACCGGUACUCCAUGGAUGGCACUGAACCCAGAUUUCCCCUUUUGCAACGCUGCCGCAGCUGUUGAAAAUGAGACGUCACCAUUCCAUUUCUGGAAAGAGUUACUGCGCAUCCGGUCCCAAUGGAAGACAUUGGUAUAUGGAGCAUUCCGGCUUCUGUCACCAGAUGACGAGCGGGUAUUUGCUUAUCUGCGGGUGCAUCCUGGCUCGAAAGCUGCGAUGGUCGUGUUGAACUUCUCUCCCCAAAGCGUGGAGUGGCAAAUCCCAAAAGAGGCAUCCGACCUGGCAAAUUGUCGUCCCGUUUAUGGAAAUUAUGAAUUCCCAGCUGAACUUGGUGCACAUGUCACUUUGCAGCCGUGGGAAUGCAGGUUGUAUGAAUAUGAUGCGUUGUAA